AUGGCUGGCUAUGGUGGAUGCCUUUGGAUGGAUAAUCAUACUUCCAAACCUCAGUACCUCCCACAGGUCUCACUCAAGGCCCAUGCAACCAUCCUGUCCUCUGUAGCCCGUACAACUUUGACACAGAUAUUUGUCAAUCCAUCUGACAGGGUUAUCGAAGAGAUACAAUAUCUCUUCCCUCUUUUCGAUGGCGUUAGUGUUGUUGGCUUCGAAUGCCAGGUUGGAUCUCGUCUCCUGCACAGUAACGUGAAGACCAAGUCACAAACAAAUACGGAAUACCAAAAUGCUGUCGCUCAGCGCCAGACCGCUGCUGUCAUGGACCAUACAUCCAUGAAUGACAUUUUUAUCAUCCGGCUCGGCAACGUCGCUGCUCGCGGAAAGAUCAACGUUGACAUUACUUUUGUGGGAGAAUUGAAGCAAGACUCUCAGAUAGACGGCAUUCGCUACACCUUACCGAGUACCAUUGCUCCUCGCUAUGCGAAUAGAAAUUUUUCUAGUAGCACUCAGUUAUCAUCACUUGGUUUGCCAGUCAGCCCGCAAGGGAUGUCCAUCACUGUUGAUGUUCAGAUGGAGAAGGGCUUGGUGCUCCGAGAACUGGAAUCCCCAAGCCACCGGGUUAAGGUCUCUCUCGGAUGCAUUUCUUCUACCCCAGCAACAUCGUCUACUUUUGAACCAUCACAAGCAUCUGCCUCUGUGAUUCUCCAGCAGAACGAUACAUCGGUCGUGCUGGCACAAGACUUUGUCCUUCUUAUCAAAGCAGAUGGGCUCGACACACCCUGCGCAUUGCUUGAGACACACCCCACUAUUCCAAAACAGCGAGCCCUAAUGGCAAGUCUCGUGCCAAAAUUCAACCUCCGGCCGGCUAAUCCAGAGGUAGUCUUUGUCAUUGACAGAAGUGGCAGUAUGUGGGACAAGAUACCAACGUUGAAAUCUGCACUCAGGGUUAUGCUAAAGUCUUUGCCUGUCGGUGUCUGCUUCAAUAUCUGCUCUUUUGGCAGUGCUUAUUCCUUCAUGUGGCCAACGAGCCAGGUAUACGAUGCAUCUAGCCUGAAGGAAGCUUUGGCUUUCGUUGACACCGUUGACGCGGGGAUGGGUGGCACGGAGAUGUUACAAGCAGUCCACGCUACCGUGAAAAAUCGACAUAAUUCCAAACAUCUGAAUGUCUUAAUUCUCACCGAUGGACAGAUCUUCGACCAAGAUUGCUUGUUCAAUUUCGUCCGCAAAACGGCUGCUGACACUACUGCUCGGUUUUUCACCCUUGGCAUCGGCAAAGAAGUAUCUCACUCUCUGAUUGAGGGAGUUGCAAGAGCUGGAAAUGGAUUUUGUCAAUCAGUAACGGCGUACGAGGACCUUAGUCGCAAGGUCGUCCGCAUGCUCAAGGGCGCCCUGACCCCUCAUGUCAACAACUACAAGCUAGAAGUUGAAUAUGACACUGAGACAGAGCAUGAGUUCGAUUUUGUGAGCGAGACUGAAAGUAUUUCCGACUCUGAGACUGAGUUCAACGAGCAGGUGGGAGGCGGAGACGUUUCUAUGGAAGAAACAACUCGGACAUUAUCGCAGCCGAUCUCGUUGUACGACGAAAACUUCCAAGAGCCCGACUUGGACCUUGAUGCCAAACAGAGAGCGAACGAAAAGCUUCCAACAAUCACCUUUCCAAGAGCAAUUCAAGCUCCCUACAAUAUUCCUCCUUUGUACCCGUUUAUCAGGACAAAUGUCUUCCUCCUUAUGGACCCUCAAUUGUCUGAGAAGACGCCAAAGUCCUUGAAGCUCAGUGCAACCUCUCUCGACGGUCCACUUGAGCUCAGGAUUCCGAUAUGCAAUAUUGGUACCGGUAAAACAAUCCACCAACUUGCCUCUCGCAAGGCGGUGAUCGAGCUCGAAGAGGGACACGGCUGGCUCUCCCAUGCUAAAGACGAGAACGGAAACAAGUUCCAAGAUUUCCACAUCGAGACAAAGCAGCGACUUGCAGAGCGUGAAUGCCAGAACCUAGGAAUCAAGUUCCAGGUCACUGGAAGAUACUGUUCAUUUGUCGCCUUGGAAGAGCGCAGCUCUUCGUCUCCAGAACCCCAGCAUGAACAACAUCUCACAAACGAACAUGCUGUAGAGCAGAUUUCUUCCAGCCAAGGGUCUGCUAAACUCCCAGGUGCCCCACUGACUGCUUGUAGGUUCCCGUACAUCCCCACGGUGCGCACUGGUGGUGUAAGUGGUGGUCCCCAAAUUGCGUACCCACAGAUGCUUCAAGCUCAGGCAACAGCCCGGGCUCCAACUCAACAACCAAGAGGAUUUACGCCGCAGCUUUAUGGUGGAAGCAGCAAUUGGGACCACAGGACAACGCCUUUUGCAUACGAUCAAACUGCGUUCCUUGGAGGCCUAGUUGCCCCGACUAGACCACCUGUGCAGCGAAUGCGUGCCAGCACUUCAGUUGCAACGCCCCCGAAUCCUGCUUUGACAAAGACCCCAGUAGCGAGAAUGUAUGAGCUUAUCCAGCUGCAAACCUUUGAGGGUAGCUGGAUGUGGUCGAACGAACUUUUCGAGGUUUUAGAAUGUGACAUGAACACAGCAAUCAUGAGAUUGGCCACGCUGUACGCGAGUGCCAAUCGAACGAUUGAACCUGGGUUCCCGCAUGGCGAGGAAUCGAAGAUUCUUGCAACCCUGCUUGCAAUGGGAGGGUUACUGAAGAAGCACCCGGUUUUGAGGGGUGUCUGGGGGCUUGUGUAUGCAAAAGCUUCUGAGUGGGUGACACUCGAGUUGAGGAAGAUGCAGAAUCAGGGUUUACCCGGAGCCAUGAUUGCAUCAAUCAAGGAUGCGAUUAUUGACAUAGUCUAA